AUGGAUCUAUGCAAAGCUGCAAAAGAUGGCGAGGAACUUGGCAAACGUCGCGACCUUCGCGACGAAAUAAUUUUUACGAUAGACCCAAAAACAGCGCGUCUUGAUGAUGCGUUGUCAGUGGUACCUUGUGAUGACGUAAACGGAGUGGACUGCCUGGCUGGGAGGUUCUUUCCUGAUAUUUAUGAAAGCAUGGAGCUUGCAAGGUAUUGUACCGGUUCUGUCAAAAGUCAGACUUACCAUCAUUUUGCGCUGAAUGUGCCAUUCUACACACAAUUUACUUCACCCAUCCGUCUUUAUCCGGAUAGAAUCGUGCAUCGGUCUUUGGAUGCAGCUUUGGGUUAUUGUGAGCCCUCCGAGCGAAGUGUCGAGGAUCAAAAAAUCGCUGAGCAUUGCAAUGACAAGAAACUGAUAGCAAAGAAAGUUAGUGAAUUCAGUGCGGAGUUGUUCUUUGGAGUACUCAUACACAGAGUGGGACCAACGGAAGCAAAAGGAGUUGUUGUAAAUGUCCUAGAUGCUGCAUUUGAUGUUCUGUUGUUCAAAUACGGUGUGAUCGGUGUACGGUAUAAUACGGUGUUGUAA